AUACGCUCGUUGCGUUGCACGUGUAUUUUCCUUUAUUCGCUCGAUAUCUAGAUUCUAGAAAAAAUGGACAAACCCAACGUACUCGCCCGCGUUGUUAAAGUUCUGGGUCGUACUGGAUCCCAAGGACAAUGUACUCAAGUAAAAGUAGAGUUCAUCGGAGAAACCAGUCGUCAAAUCAUCAGAAACGUGAAGGGACCGGUCCGUGAUGGAGACAUCCUGACACUCCUCGAGUCUGAGCGUGAAGCUAGAAGACUAAGAUAAACGGGUCAGGAGAAUCUUCAUUAGGUUAAGUGCUAUAUGUAUCAAUCCAAUUUAUAAUGUAAACAUCAAAACCGUCAAAGAUACCAUCUUGUAACCAGCUAAUAUAUAAUUACUUAACAAA